AUUUAUUUGAACAAAGACAUAAAAACAAACAUUGAAAACAUUUCAAAUUGUUUUGGCAGCCAUGCUUAUCCUACUUAUUUACAUAUACAAAAAUAAUACAAUAAUGGCCAUGUUAUCUUGGGAUAGUUCUCUCUUCCAUUCAAAGAUGUGCAACCUGCUUAAUUUGUUAAUUCUGUUUUAUAUAAAAGUAGAACAUUUGAUACUGUGGUUCCUGGUUACACUACCCAAAGAAAACUUAGUCAAAAGAGAAGAGCUCUCUAAAAUAUUUGUUUGUAUUACAAGUUACAAAAAAUAUGUUUUCUUUUUAACAAUUUUUCACAAAAACCAAACACUUCUUAUUCGUUCAAUUCAAAUGCAAAGCAAACAGCGGUGACAAAUGUAACCAGUUUGGUGAAUGAGUGUAUUGUGUUUACAAUGAUACCAAGACAGACCAAAACAAAAGCAUAAUUCAUUACAGCAACUUUGAAACAUACCAAAAGUAGUUUAACCUUUGAUAGAAACAACACGGCAUCUUAGUUUGUCAUUGGUUUAACCAAUAGUACUUUAAGGUUUGAGACACGUUGGAAACAUCUGUCACAUUCUCACACCUAAAAUAACCUUAUUAUAGACAGUUUAUAUAAUGCCUGUUUAUCAGCAUGUUCUUGCGCAAAUAGAAGCAUGUAUUUGUCUAUAUAAGAUACAGUUGCAUAAAAAAACACCCAAAGUGAAGAGAAUAUAGUCGUUUGCCACUGUCCUUAUGAAUUCUCGCUGGGGAUUAUUUGUUUCCUUGCUGAUGGUUUCGGCCAGUUGCCGUACUGAUGCCACCAUCACAAGGAACAUGAAUGAUGUCAUCAAAGCUGUCGAGAGUAUUGAAAAUGAGAAUCCUGGCCUUUCAAUGCUUGAAGUGGUGAAGGGUAUCCGCAAGACUGUUGGCUUCCAAACCAACUUGAUCGAGAACUACCUCGGUGAUGAAAGCGAUGCACAUAACCUUGCAAUGAAACCAUCAGUCGCUGAAUACGUUUCUGAGGUUGUUCAUCACAAGGUAUCACAGUUUGGUGAAGAGAAAGGUGUGGUUCUCACCUUAGAUGGUUCAAAUGUGGCUUUAGCCCCAAUGCUACUGGGACUUGAAGCUGGUCUACAAUCCACCACCAAAAAUCUGAUCCCAGGCUUGUACCCCUUGACCUUGACUGAGAACCUGGCUGCUUCUUUUCUACAUCACGCUCGAAAUGAGCAAACCACUGUUCCUCUCGGCACUAAGGGUUUCUGGGAUAGCAUUAAAUUCCCGAAGGUGUACACACUCUCCGGUUUGCCUUCCUUGGCCACCGACGCUUUGUUAACUGGAGGCAUAGAUGGAAUCAUUCUUGGGUCAGAAGUUGCCAAAUUUAACCAUCUUGAGAUAUCACUAAGCAACUUGUUGAAGAGUUACUACGGUCACAAGUUAGACCGUGCUGGACUAGACGCCGCACCCCAUCUGAUUAGCCAAAAGCGAAGGAUAAACUUCAGAAAGCUUCUCCGCUUCUCUUCGCUUAAAAAACAAAUAGCGGAUGCAUUAACUAAUCAUCUGGGAUUUGACAAAAACUCGGACUUGAAGACACUGGAUGCUGUCAUGCAUAAGGGCUUUGAGAAAUUUGCAUUUGUGUAUGCAGUCUGUCCCAACAUCAUUACUAGGUCUCAGUGGGGUGCAGCAGCGUACAUCGGAUCCCCUACCUACCUGUCUCUCCCUGUGCCAUACCUGUUCAUCCACCACACGUAUGAACCCUCCAAACCAUGCACCACCUUCGAGCAAUGCGCUAGCGAUAUGCGCUCGAUGCAGAAGUUUCACCAGCAAACCAAUGGAUGGGAUGAUAUUGGAUACAGUUUUGUUGCAGGUUCUGAUGGAAACCUGUACGAAGGUCGCGGCUGGAAUUGGGUUGGUGCCCACACCAAAGGGUACAACUCCAAAGGCUACGGCGUCUCUUUCAUAGGCGAUUUUACUUCCAGCCUUCCGGGAAAAAGUGCCAUUGAUAUGGUGAGAUACGACUUCACAAAGUGCGCUGUGGAUGCAGGAGGACUGAGCUCUUCUUAUUCCUUGUAUGGGCACAGGCAAGCUACAAGCACAGAUUGCCCGGGAAACACCCUGUAUCAGGAAAUCCAGAGCUGGGAGCAUUACAAGAGCUACUUACCUUGAUGACCCAAUCAAAGGGCAACAGCGAUUGGUUACGAGCAAUAUAAUUAUUAAAUAUGUGCAUGAGCACAUACAUGUAUUGCUCACUCAUAAUAAAUGCAUAUUUCAUCAA